AUGAACUUUGAUACAGCAAUUACUUCAAUUCUCCUGUUUUCUCGAAAUUCACUUGCUUCUGCUAAUUCAGACAUCGUUGGGAAUAAAUCGAGUAAUAUCCAAAUAGACGUAGCGCAGAGAUUUAUCCUCUCAUUAGCAUUACUUUUAUUAUUAUUCAUACUUGGGGUUGGCUUUGUUGAUCUACUUUUUAUUAAUAAGUAUCCGUUAACUUUUCCUAAGGAGAAUCCUUCUGUAUUAGCUUCAAAAGGUAAGUCCAAUAUACGUGAAAUUAUCGAGGCUCCUAGUGAAUUUGAUACAAGUGCCAUAGAAAGCGACGAAGACAUUGCUAUCAGGAUUACAACAGAAGCAGGCCAUUUAGAAGACCAUAAUUACGAUAGUGAAGAAUUAGAUACGUUGACAUUCUUAGACCAGCACUCGUUUUAUAAUAAUUUAAAUAACAGCUCUCAGUAUUUGAGAAGAGACAGCUUUUCACAAUGA